AUGGAUGACGGCGUGGGCGCGGUCCUCCGGCGCAAGACGUUCUGCGAGCUGGUGCGCGUGUCGGCGGCGGUGGCGGGCAUCGAGUUCUCGUACGCGGCCGAGACGGCGUUCGUGUCGCCGACGCUGCUGCAGAUCGGCGUGGCGCACCGCCUGAUGACGCUGGCCUGGGCGCUCAGCCCGCUGGUCGGCUUCUUCGUGACGCCGCUGCUGGGGUCGCUGUCGGACCGCUGCCGCCUGCCCUGGGGCCGCCGCAGGCCCUUCAUCGCGCUGCUCGCCGCCGGCGUCCUGCUCGGGCUGAUCCUGGUGCCCAAUGGGGCGGACAUCGGGUACGCCCUGGGCGACCCCCGGCCCGCACCGUCGCCCAGCCCCCCUGGAGCGCUGAACGCGACUCCCCCACUGGAGAUGGUCACCCCCUCAGAGUGGCAGGCUACCAACGCCAGCCUGGGGCCUGGACUCUCCACCACGGAGAGCCCCGCGGCGCUGGCCAACGAGUCGUCGGUGGUGUCACGCAAGCCGCAGUCCAGCCACCCCUGGGGCGUCGUCUUCACCAUCCUGGGCACCGUCUUGCUCGACUUCGACGCCGAUGCCUGUCAGAGCCCUGCCAGGGCCUACCUGCUGGACGUCACCGUACCAGAGGACCACGCGCGGGGGCUCAGCACGUUCACCAUCAUGGCCGGCCUGGGCGGCUUCAUGGGCUACGCCCUGGGCGGCAUCAACUGGGACGCCACCUUCAUCGGCCGCGUGCUGGGUGGACACGUACGGGCAGUCUUCACGCUGAUCACAUUCAUCUUCGUGGCGUGCGUCACGUACACCGUGACCAGCUUCCGGGAGAUACCGCUGGACGUGCUGGAGGCGGACGAGGCUCGUCAGCAGCUGCACAGCCAACAGAACCAGCAGGCGAAACCCGACAGCGCCGAGUACACAAAGAUAUCCACAGAGGCGUCGGUGAAUGGCUACGGUUACGGCAGCGUGUCGCCGGACUACGCUAACCAGGUUGACGGCCCGCCGGACAGGGCGGAGUACCGGCCGAUCGCGGGCACGGACUCUCCGCUGCACGGCAACGGCUACGUCAACUUCGGCUACGACGAGAGCUACCACAAGCCGCCGCCCCCGCAGCCGCUGCCUUUACAUACUUGGAAAAUGCCACCGAAAAGACUUCGUUCACCUAGUGACAAUGCUUUGCGUCGACGGGUGCCGCAAAACAGCCACGCACUGGAGAUACUACGAAGAACUCGUGAGUUUUACGAGCAGGAGAAAAACUACGAGGUGGGCCAACACCUGGUGAUGGAGUAUGACGCCCUCGCUGGGGCAGUACCUGCUGAGGUGGGCCAACACCUGGUGAUGGAGCAUGACGCCCUCGCUGGGGCAGUACCUGCUGAGGUGGGCCAACACCUGGUGAUGGAGUAUGACGCCCUCGCUGGGGCAGUACCUGCUGAGGUGGGCCAACACCUGGUGAUGGAGCAUGACGCCCUCGCUGGGGCAGUACCUGCUGAGGUGGGCCAACACCUGGUGAUGGAGUAUGACGCCCUCGCUGGGGCAGUACCUGCUGAGGUGGGCCAACACCUGGUGAUGGAGUAUGACGCCCUCGCUGGGGCAGUACCUGCUGAGGUGGGCCAACACCUGGUGAUGGAGUAUGACGCCCUCGCUGGGGCAGUACCUGCUGAGGUGGGCCAACACCUGGUGAUGGAGCAUGACGCCCUCGCUGGGGCAGUACCUGCUGAGGUGGGCCAACACCUGGUGAUGGAGUAUGACGCCCUCGCUGGGGCAGUACCUGCUGAGGUGGGCCAACACCUGGUGAUGGAGCAUGACGCCCUCGCUGGGGCAGUACCUGCUGAGGUGGGCCAACACCUGGUGAUGGAGUAUGACGCCCUCGCUGGGGCAGUACCUGCUGAGGUGGGCCAACACCUGGUGAUGGAGUAUGACGCCCUCGCUGGGGCAGUACCUGCUGAGGUGGGCCAACACCUGGUGAUGGAGUAUGACGCCCUCGCUGGGGCAGUACCUGCUGAGGUGAGCCCGCCACUGGUGACAGCACACGCGACGCCCUCGCUGGGGCAGUACCUGCUGUCCACUGAGGUGAGCCCCCCACUGGUGACAGCACACGCGACGCCCUCGCUGGGGCAGUACCUGCUGUCCACUGAGGUGAGCCCGCCACUGGUGACAGCACACGCGACGCCCUCGCUGGGACAGUACCUGCUGUCCAUCGUGUGGAUGCCCGGCUCUCUGCGCGUGCUCUGCCUCACCAACCUCUUCUGCUGGAUGGCCCACGUCUGCUACUCCCUCUACUUCACAGACUUCGUCGGCGAGGCCGUCUUCGGCGGUGACCCUCAGGCGGAGGACGGCACGAAGGCGCGCCAGCUGUACGAGGAGGGCGUGCGCUUCGGCUGCUGGGGGAUGUCCAUGUACUCGCUGUCGUGCGCCUGCUACUCCUUCAUCAUCGAGAGGCUCAUCAACAGGUUCAGGGCACGCAAGGUGUACGUGGGCGGGCUGCUCUUCUACAGCGCUGGCAUGGCGCUCAUGGCGCUGACCAAGGGCCGCGUCGGCGUCAUCCUCUUCUCGUGGACGGCCGGCGUCAUGUACUCGACGCUCUUCACCAUGCCCUACCUGCUGGUCGCGCACUACCACGCCUCCGGCACGUUCUCGGUGUCGGCGACGGGGGAGGCGCUGCCGGGGUCUCAUGUGCGCGGCCUGGGCACCGACGUGGCCAUCGUCAGCUCCAUGGUGUUCCUGGCGCAGUUCGCGCUCUCCAUGUGCAUGGGCGCCAUCGUGAGCGCGGCCGGCACCACCACCGCCGUGGCGGCCGUCGCCUCGUUCCUCGCGCUCUGCGGCGCCGUCUGCGCCUCGCAGGUGAUGUACCUCGACCUGUAG